GAUGCGAGUCAAAGCUAUAGGUUGCACUUUUGCAUUAUAUUCGAAGUUUUACGGAAGAAAAAUAUUGGCUGUUUGCUAUCAGUAAUACCUCUGUUAAAUCACCUGUUGUCGGAUACGAAUAGAAAAAUCGUAUUCUAUCGAAAUAUUCCUAGUGGUGUAAAAACUGAAUUGGGUGAAAACCAAGUGAAAUUUACUUCUGAACAGGCGUAGCCUUAUACAUAGUCAUCAAUCAUACACAACAACCAUUCGACAUGGAUGACUUGAUCACGCUGAUUAGAACUGAAAUUCCGGAAGGACGGAAAAAUCUCCAGGAAAGUUUUUCAAAUCUCGAGCGCGUGGCGGAAUAUUGUGAGGACACCUACUAUCGCUCCGACAACAAGAAGGCUUCGCUGGAGGAGACGAAAAACUAUACAACACAAUCGUUGGCAAGCGUGGCAUACCAAAUCAACACGUUGGCGUUUAAUUUUCUGCAGUUGAUGGAUCUGCAGGCGACGCAAAUGGCGGAAAUGGAGUCGCAAAUGAAUCAUAUCUCGCAAACAGUGAUGAUCCACAAGGAGAAGGUGGCACGGCGUGAAAUCGGUGUACUAACAGCGAACAAAAUUAGUUCACGACAAUACAAAAUAGUUGCACCGCUUAAUCCGGAAAAACCUAUAAAAUACGUGCGCAAACCAAUUGACUACACGCUGUUGGACGAUGUAGGUCAUGGUAUUGCGCUGACAAACAAUAAUCAAAAGAAACAUCGUGUGUCGAGCCAAGGUUCGAUACAGUCGACAAUUUCGCCAAACGUGUCGGUUGGACCACCUCCAACGACCAAACCACCGACACCGCCUCAGCUGACGCGUAGUGCAGGACAUUCCGGUACGCUCAGUAAGCCUGUCAGUAAUACCGGUACGCUUGGAAAGGCGUCUCGUGAGUACCGCACACCGCCAGUCGUCGUACCACCACAAGUGCCCUCGCACUACGCUCCAAACUAUCCGGUAGGACAUCCGCGUCGCACAUCUAGUGGUGGCGGGAUUGAACGUGGGCCAGGUUAUAGUGCUCUUCCUAUGCCGAUGCCGCCAAGCCAGGUGGUGAUGCACCAUCCGCCUCAGAUCGGCAUGGUACACCCGAUGCAGUCCGGACCGGUCAUGCAACAUCAAUCGACAUUCGAGGAACGCAAUAGUAUGCCGCCUCCACCUUCGCCACUGACUGUGACACAUGAAUUGCCAGACCACAGUCACAUAGGCAUGCACACACUGAGCCGUAACAUGCCACGCCCAGGAUCACAAUCGCCUCCUCUGCCACCGCCGCCACCGCCGGAGGAAUCGGAUCACGCUGACUUUGGUCGUCCACGCAAUACUCAAAACAGUUUGGUAGCACCGAUCGUUCCAGAUGAUCAGAACUUGCCCGGCUGGGUACCGAAAAACUACAUUGAGAAGGUAGUUGCAAUUUAUGAUUACUACGCCGACAAGGAUGACGAACUCAGUUUUCAGGAGAGCUCUGUGUUGUACGUGCUAAAGAAAAAUGACGAUGGUUGGUGGGAGGGCGUUAUGGAUGGUGUGACAGGACUGUUUCCGGGCAACUAUGUUGAACCGUGCGUUUAAGCUAAUAUACUUGGAUACCUUCUGUUGAUCGAGGACUUGAAUCGCUUUAUUUUGAAAAUAUGGUAAAGUGAAUAUUUUAUUCCAAAAUGUUCUUUAAAUAUAAUUUUAUUUUCCAUGGCUAGCAAUGGCUUUUAGUUUGAAGAACAAAGAACAAUAAUUUUAAUUUAACAAGCAACCUAUCGAUAGAGUUGUUUAAAAGAGAUAUUCCAAUGCAAUGUCACAGAAAAAUUCUAUCAAAAUAUUUAUUAACUAUUGUAUUUUUUCGCCAUUCAAGCAAUUCCACAAAACUUUUGUCCCAUCCAUUACAGAUAUUGUAGUUUUGAUUUGUAUAAUCAAAAUUUAAUACUA